AUGGCUGUGGCCCAGUCCACGUGCCUGGCGAACUGUCAGGGAGAGUGGCCCAAGCAUUUGCACCAGUCGAUCGCCAACUAUCUCUGGACUAACUUGGAGGUGCGCACGAUGUUGGCGCGAGCGUUCAGCGGUCUACGGCUGGGCGUAGCUCGCCAGUCCGCUGCUGGCCUGGGCGCGGUGAGCCAUGCUGCUGGAUUUGCGUCGAAGAAGAAGAGUGACGACGACGACGAGAAUGACGACGACCAGGACGACACGUGGUUUGAAGAGUGGGGCCCUCGUCCUGAAUUCCACCCGGACAACUGGCACGGGUUCAAUGGCGACCUUGACGCAGUCACGGAAGAUGGCACAGCCACGUGGAUCCAGGCUGCGCGUAACAUGGCGGAUAUCGUGACGGAGCGCGAACUCAUGAUCAAGCGCAAACGCCAAGAAGAAUACGCCAAGAAGAAGAUAGUCCGCGUCGUGGAAGUCGAUGAGUUCGGGCGCGCGUACGGCACUGGUCGCCGCAAGACCAGUUCUGCACGAGUGUGGGUGAAGCGCAGCGAAGUCGACGGCCAUGGUACGGUCCGCGUGAACAAGAUGGACCUCGUCGAUUACUUUGUCCGCGACGCGCACCGUCACGACAUUUUGUUGCCGUUUUUGGAGAUCGACCAUUUGGGCAACUUUGACGUGUACUGCACCGUCAAGGGCGGGGGAUUGUCCGGCCAGGCCGGUGCCAUCCGCCACGGCAUCAGUCGCGCUCUCGAAAAGUUUAACCCGGACUUCCGCCCUGCCCUCAAGGCGGUCGGCUUCCUCACGCGAGACUCGCGCAUGGUCGAAAGUAAAAAGACUGGGCGGAAGAAGGCGCGAAAGUCGUUCCAAUGGGUCAAGAGAUAGAUUUGUUUCAAUAUACAUAGCGAGACGACAUCCUCAUCACGCGAGCUUCAAAAUUUUCUUGCGUUUAUCUUCCAUGCCGUCGUGGACGAGCCUCGGAU